AUGCAUUUUGCGAAGUCUCGUCACUUGGACCUAGGCUAUAAUGUUCUCGAAACGUUCAAGAAGAAUACAAUGGAUGGAGCUGACAAAAUGCUCGAAAUAAUCCUCAGAGGCAAUGGCAUACUUGAGCUGCAAAGUCACGCUUUCGCCUGCUGCCCAAAACUCUCGACUGUGGACCUGUCGCACAAUCACCUACGCACAAUCCACAAGGACACGUUCUCUGACCAGGUGAGAAAAAAAACUUUCUCGAGGACAUAA